AUGAUGAAGGAAUAUGAAGAGAUUUUGCAAAAGAUAGCGACGAUAAAACCAAAUAGUGAAUAUAGUUUGGGCGUAAACAAUCUUGCCGACUUCACGCCUCCGCAAAAGCCUUCGAUUCAGAAUUUUAAUGAUUUUUUUAUAAACACGAACUUGACGAAUGUAGCAUUGGUAGAAUUGGAUGGCUGUCACGGUGAUUCCACAAUCAGCUUAUUUGAGAAUGAUGUGACAAAUUUAACUGAGGAAUGCCGAGGAGAUGAUCCGCCUUCGCUAGAAAGUGAGCUGCUUCAAGAUGUUACAAAUCGCUUGGAUGCACUAUCAGACUAUAGGGAAGUAAACACCGUUGACGACAAACCAGAGCCUAUUAAUUCAGCCGAGCAAGCAUUGAACACGUUAUUUACCUUGAACGCAAUAAACCUAUUAGAGAAAAAGUUGCUGAAAAAAGGAUCGCUAAUUUGUUGCUUGCCAUGUCGGAUCUCAACGUCAAAGUAAAGGACUGGGAGAACGAAAAACUCAGCUUGGUGGCAGCAAUAAAAAUUAUUCAAGCGAACAACCAACACGCGAUGAAUUCCGAGGGGAUUUGGCAAACUCAGAAGGAAAACUAAACAAGUAACCGGCAACAUCCAUCCUGAAAGACGAGAAAUAGAAACAAAAGACAAGUACACAGUACUAAGUGAUACCGACGGAGAAAGCGAAGACAACGACUCAAGUAACGCUCUCCAAACCACCACUGUCGUAGACCCAUUAGCUAAACCUAGUGGAAAAUCACUAAAACGCGUACGGAUAAACAUCGAUCACCCAGCCGAAAAUCGAGCGAAGUUAAAUCACAUCCCAGUAAUACCGAUACCAGAAAUACUGUUUAUCCCGAGAAUACAAAUCAUAUCAGGAAUACUGAACAUCCUAGAAAUUUCAAACACGACCAUGAAAGUACAAAGACGCCAGCACGUUCUAAAUCUAAAGUUAUCAUUUUAGGCGAUGCUAUGAUAAAACACUUAAAUCAAAGACAACUUCAAAAUGGUGUCAAUCAUAAAAUUGCCAUAAAAACUUUUCCUGGUGCUGGAAUAGAUGAUAUGGUUCAUUACGUCAAACCCACACUGUCAACGCGUCCAGAUGAAAUAAUACUACACAUCAGUGCUAACGACCUUAAAAAUAAGUCUCCAGACAUGUUGGUCCAAUCCGUUGUAAACCUCGGAAAUGCUAUUAAGAGAGAAAAUAACGAAACCAAAUUAACACUUUCAUCAAUUAUUGGCAGGAACGAAGACGCAUUCCUUGCUGAAUAUGUAAAACAAUAUAAUGAACUAUUAGAAGAAUUGUGUCUAUCCAACAAUUGGGAUCUCAUAGAUAACAAAAACAUUGACUAUUUUCAUUUAAACAUUUAUGGUUUACAUUUGAAUAGAAAAGGCACUGGGGCUCUUGCCAAAAACAUUAAAAACUUUUUAAAUAAAAAUGGACCAAUAGAACCAGAAUAUAGCUCCAUAGAAAAUGUUGUGACCUCCAAAAAUCCGUUAUCACAUAUGGGUGAAUUCGCGUAUCCAAAGCUUAAAGGUUUUAAAAUUUGGCAAAUAUUACUAGCUUAGUUAAACAUGUCGAGGAACUUCGAAUAUUUAUUCAUGAACAAUCCAUUGACAUUUUAUGCAUUAAUGAGACACGACUGGACAAUUCCAUUUCUAGUGCAGAGGUUGAAAUUUGCGGUUAUGAAAUAGUAAGUAGAGAUCGAAAUAGAAAUGGAGAAGGCGCUGCAAUUUACUUGCGCAUCGACAUUCCAUACGUUGAACGAAGUGAUUUAAUUCCUGAAAACGUUGAAGCAUUGUGUCUUGAGAUCAGAAAACCAAAAAGUAAACCAGUGUUAGUUGCUAUCUG